AUGGAUGAUGAUCAGCUAAAACACUUCAGUCAUGAGCAUCCCUUGGCAUUCAAGGAAGAGGCGCCACCGAAAAAUGAAGCAUCAGGUCAACCAGUUUUAUGCUCUGCCUGUGGGGAGCCAGUGCUUGGUUCUUACUACAGUUGCAAUCAAUGUUCCAACGAAUUCAUUCUCCACAAGCCAUGCGCGCAGCUAGGCAGAGAGAUCCAGCACCCGAUGCACGAACACACACUUACUAUUCUCACAAAGGAUUCCAGACCAUACAGAUCCUAUAUUUGUGAUAUGUGUGGAGCAGCAUCCCGUGCCGAAUCUUACUCUUGUUAUGAGUGUGAAUUUGAUCUUGACUUCAAAUGUGCUGCCGACAGAGAUUGUAUAAAACAUUUCAGUCACAAGCAUUUGUUGAAGUUUAUUGAAAAGCCACAUGAUGAUGGUUCACCAGUUUUUUGUAUUGGGUGUUUAGAGCCAGUGCUUGGUCCUUGUUACACUUGCAAACUGAGUUUGGAGAUGGAGAGGAAUAGAAGCUGCUCCCUUUUUCUGCAUAAAUCAUGUGCAGAGUUACGUCGUGAGAUCCAGCAUCCGAUGCAUCACCAACACGCGCUCACUCUUAACCUAAAUGCAGCAAGAGAAUACUACUGCGUUGCAUGUGACCAAGAAUGUAGUCGCAAAUUCAGUUAUAGUUGUUUCAAAUGUGACUUCAACCUAGACCCCAAAUGUGCAUCUGAGGAAGGCUACAAACAUUUCAGUCACGAGCAUCCAUUAAUGUUCAAGAAGCAAGGAACCACAAAAAGAGAGUCUGAUCAUUUAGUUAUUUGCGAUGCAUGCCAGGUUCCAGUAUUUGGUCCUAGUUACACUUGCAUCAAUAUAAAUCGUCGUCGCAGAUGCAGCUUCAAUCUCCAUAAGUCAUGUGCAGAUUUACGUCUUGAGAUCCAGCACCCGGUGCACCGUCAACAUCGGCUUUCUCUUCUCAAUACAAUUGAGAAUAUCAAAGUUCGUUGCUUUUGCAAUGCCUGCAAUCAACCUUGCAGAUACCGCUACAGCUGUACCAUUUGCGACUUCAACCUUGACCUCAAAUGUGCCUCAAAUUGGCAAAACAUUAUUGACAAUGACUCUCACCAACAUCAGUUCAUAGUCCCCCGGAAGGAAUUGGCCGAGCUCCACCUUAACUGCGACGUCUGUGGGGAGUACUGGAGUGGCGUCAUGAUCUACAUUUGUAGCAUCUGCCAACUCUUGGUCCAUGAAGAAUGUGCUUCAGUUCCACACUACACCAACAUACCCGGGCACCAACACGGCCUCAAGCUAACCUGGUUCCUUGAAGACAUUUACCCCAAGGACCAGGUCUGUAACAUCUGCUCUACGAAUAUUAAUAACUGUCGUACUGUAUAUUAUUGUCAGGAAUGUGGAAGCUAUGUUGCACACACUACAUGCAUAUUUCUGAAAGAAGAAACCCAAAGCAGAACCAUUAUUAUUGAUGAUGAUUAUGACUCUGAUGAUGAUUGGAUGAUCACACACUUCAGUCAUCACCAUCUUUUAUAUGAUGAUCGUCGGCAGGUUAAGGCUGACAGAAUGAUUACCUGUGAGGGUUGCUUUCGACCCAUCACUAAAGAAUUUUACAGCGGUAUUGAGUCUUGCCACUUUUAUCUCCACAAAACAUGUGCUCGAUUACCAAAAAAGAUGCUUCUCCCUUUGCUUCACCAACACCAGUUUACACUCCACUCCCAGGCUCCUUCUAUUGACGGCGUGUUUCAGUGUUCUAUGUGUGGUAUCUUUCACCAUGGAUUUGUCUACAGUUGUGAUAAAUGUGCUUUGCAAACUGGCGGAAACCUUCUCCUCGACAGUGAGUGCAUUAUGUAUUGGGAGAACAGGGAUCUUAAACAUGAGUCUCAUGCUCACCGCCUCCUCCUCGACAUGAAUUGGGAGGAGGACAUCUGUUGCAGGGGUUGCGGUUCCAAAAUAUUUUUCUGCUUCAGUUGUAAGAGAUGCAAUUUUCAUCUUUGCAUAGCCUGUGUUAGAUUACCUCUUACUGGUACGCAUCGAUACGACAAGCAUGUUCUAAAGCUCACCUAUGCUAGCAGAAUUGAAGACGAAGUUGUAGGUUACUACUGUGAGAUAUGUGAAGGGGAAAGGGAUCCAGCACAUUGGUUCUACUGGUGCAAAGAUUGCAACUUUGACUGUCAUCCUCAUUGCAUCAUAGGGAGGUAUCCCCGAGUUAAGUUGGAGAGCACUUACAAGCACGUCGAUCAUGUCCAACACAAAGUCACUCUUGUUAGCAAGUGGAAGAGCCCCAUUCGGGGCGAUAAGAGAGACAACAUUCUUCCUUGUGAGAAGUGCAGUGAACUUUGCCAAGGAUUGGUGUUUGAAUGCAAAGAGUGCAAUAUAAAUUUCCAUAGAGAUGGAUGUUGUAAAACUACAGAUUCGGCGGCAAGUUCUCGUCGGUCUCCUCAGAUAAAAGAGAUAAGUUAA